AUGGGCAGCAACACCCUACUAUCGGUGGGUGAGAUCCGGCGUUUGCAGCGUGCGGACGGUCCCGCAGCCAUCCUCGCCGUCGGCACGGCAAACCCGCCCAACUGCGUGUCCCAGGAGAAGUACCCGGACUACUACUUUAGGGUCACCAAGAGCCAACACCUCACAGACCUCAAACAAAAACUCAAGUCCUUCUGCCAGAUGACCUCAACGGAGAAGCGCUACUUCCACCACACGGAGGAGCUUCUGGACGCCCACCCCGAUUUCUUCUGCCGCGGGAUACCGUCCCUAGACGCCAGGCUGGAAAUCGCUGCUGCCGCUGCCCCGGAGCUGGCGGCGUCAGCAGCAGCCAAGGCCAUAGCCAAGUGGGGUUGUCCGGCUACCGACAUCACCCACCUUGUUGUCAGCACCAAUUCCGGCGCGCACGCCCCGGGCGUCGACCUCCGCCUGGCCUCUCUCCUCGGCCUGCGCGCGUCCGUCUGCAGGACGAUGCUGAACCUCAACGGCUGCUCCGCCGGUGCCGCCUCGCUGCGUCUCGCCAAGGACCUGGCCGAGAACAACCGCGGCGCGCGCGUGCUGGUGGCCUGCGUGGAGCUCACCGUCGUUGCCUUCCACGGGCCCGAGGAGGCGUGCCCGCACAAGCUCAUCAGCCAGGCGGUCUUUGGCGACGGUGCGGGCGCGGUCAUUGUCGGCGCUGACGCCGUGCACCCCAUCGAGCGCCCGCUCUUCGAGAUGGUGUCGGCCUCACAGACCACUAUACCAGCAACCGACGGCGUGCUCACCAUGCAGCUCACGGAAGCCGGCCUCGACGGCCACAUCUUCACCAGGGAACUCAUUCCUCUAGCAGGGCAGCACAUCGAGCAGUGUCUCAUGGACGCGUUCCAGCAGCUUGGAAUAAUGAGUGGUGGCAUGAAAUGGAACGAUCUCUUCUUUGUGGUGCACCCUGGCAUCCGUGGAAUAAUGGACCACAUCCAACGGGCUCUCCGGCUGGAUCCCGGGAAGCUGGCCGCCAGCCUGACUGUGCUGAGUGAGUACGGGAACAUGCUUGGUGCCACGCUGAUCUUCGUGCUCGAUGAGCAACGGCGGCAGAUGGAGGAGGACGGAGAGACGGGUGAGUGGGGUGUGAUGAUGGGAUUUGGACCAGGGUUCACGGUUGAGACCAUGCUGCUGCAUGCCGUGCCAAGAAACCUGCACAACAAAAAUUGA